GCUGUUAAUGGAACAAAGGUUUUGACUGAUUCAAGGCACGGGACAGAAGGCGUCACCGCCUCCUCGACAACUCUAUUAUCACCGCCCGACAACGUGGCCGUAGAUCCUACGGUUAAUGCCCCGCAAAGCGAAAUGGACAAAAUGGACAUUAGUCCGCCUCCGCUACAGAAGCGCGAGAAGAAUAUUUGGAUCGUUGUUCGCGCGUUUACUCCAGCG